AUGACGCGGCGAGCGGUUUCUCCAGCGCUCUCGGAGAACGAGGUAGAUAUCGCGGGGGCCCUGUUCGCAGACGACGACGACUCGGCCAAGCUUGGUGGUGCGACCAGCCAGGAUGGUUUUAGCUUUGACGCGGAUGGCAUCUUCAACGCUGGCGGAGAUGGGUCGGACGACGAUGAGGCCUUCAUCGCUCUACAGCAGGCGGCGUCCUUUCGGAAGGGCUCGAACAUCAAGGGAAAAUCGGUGAAGAAGGGUGGUGGCUUUCAGGCCAUGGGUCUUAACGGCAAUAUUCUACGUGCCAUUGCGAGGAAAGGCUUCACCGUUCCAACCCCGAUUCAGCGCAAGACGAUACCUCUCAUUCUAUCCCGAAAAGAUGUAGUGGGCAUGGCAAGGACCGGAUCCGGAAAGACGGCGGCAUUCGUAAUCCCCAUGAUUGAAAGGCUAAAGUCUCACAGCGUCCAGGUGGGCGCCCGUGCCAUCAUCAUGUCGCCCUCGCGAGAGCUGGCGAUUCAGACCCUGAAAGUCGUCAAGGAACUAGGCCGAGGAACCGAUCUUAAGACAGUCCUCCUUGUUGGUGGCGAUAGUUUGGAGGAGCAGUUUGGGCUCAUGACCACGAACCCUGACAUCGUAAUCGCUACCCCUGGGCGAUUUCUUCACCUAAAGGUCGAGAUGGGAUUGGAUCUCUCCUCGGUCAAGUACGUUGUGUUCGAUGAGGCCGAUCGACUUUUCGAAAUGGGUUUUGCUACCCAGCUCACUGAAAUUCUUCACGCGCUGCCCCCAUCACGCCAAACCCUCCUCUUCUCCGCAACCCUUCCCGCCUCCUUGGUCGAAUUCGCAAACGCCGGACUUCAGGAUCCCGAGCUCGUGCGUCUCGAUGCCGAAACCAAAAUUUCUCCCGAUCUUCACAACGCCUUUUUCACUAUCAAGGCUGCGGAUAAGGAGGGCGCCCUCCUAUACGUCCUGCACGACGUCAUCAAGAUGCCGCUGGGCCUUCCCGAAGGCGUCAAGGGCUUCGAUAUGGGACCUUCAAAGAAGCGGAAGCGGAGCGACCAGGGCGGCUCGGGUAAGCCCACCGAGCACUCUACUAUCGUUUUCGCAGCCACAAAACAUCGUGUCGAGUACCUCGCGAAUCUUCUUGAGUACGCUGGGUUCGCUGUGUCCUUUGUCUUCGGAUCCCUAGACCAAGAGGCCCGAAGGAUCCAGGUCGAAGAUUUCCGCCGUGGCCGGACCAACGUCCUCGUGGUGACGGAUGUUGCCGCUCGUGGUAUUGAUAUCCCAGUCCUCCAAAACGUUAUCAACUACGACUUCCCUCCCCAGCCCAAGGUUUUCGUCCAUCGCGUAGGCCGUACAGCUCGUGCCGGCCAACAGGGCUGGAGCUACAGCCUUGUUCGGGAUGUAGACGCACCUUACCUUGUCGACCUACAACUUUUCCUAGGUCGAAAGCUUGUCGUGGGUCCGGAUCCCAACGCGUCCUUUACUCAAGACAUUGUGGUUGGUGGCCUUCCCCGAACCGAGAUGGGAGACCACGUUGAGUGGCUCAACAAGACUUUGCAUGAAAGUACCGACAUGACGGCCAUUCGCCGCGUCGCCGACAAAGCCGAGCGCCUUUACAUGAAGACGAGGAACUCGGCCGCGAGCGAGAGCGCGAAGCGGGCCCGCGAGCUUGUGGCCUCCAAGGAAUGGUCUCAGCUCAACAUGAAAUUCGGAAUCCGGCCCGAUGAGCAGGCAUAUACCAAGAUGCUCGCCUCCAUCGGCUCCUUCAAGCCGUCCGAAACCAUUUUUGAGAUUGGCAGAGGGGCCAAAUCUGCUAAUAACGAGGCUGCAGAGGUUAUGCGUCUCAUGAGGAAGAGGGCUGGCCCUCGAAGGACGAAGAAGCAAAAUCAGGACGCCGACGCAGACGACGACGAUGACGAAAUGGAUCUAGGGGAUGCUGAUGAGGCUGGUCUAGACGCAUUAGCAGACGGCCUGAACGUAGAUGGUGAUUUCCACUUCAAGCAGGCCAAGAAGUCCCGCACCUCCUUCCAAGACCCAGAAAUCUUCAUGACCUACCAACCCCGCUCGACCAACGUGGACGCUGAGCGCCACUAUGGCGUCCACGCCGGCAGCAACUUCGUCCUCGCUGCCCGCGACGCCGCGAUGGACCUGACCAACGACGAGACGGCCAAGUCCUUUGGUGUGCCCUCCCGCCGCGGCAUGAUGCGCUGGGACAAAGAGCAAAAAAGCGGCGUCAAGAUCGCCGCCAGUUUCCAGAGCGGCCGCUUCGAGCGCUGGAAAAAGGCCCGCCGCCUCGGCGGCAUGCCCCGCGAGGCCACCGGCGGCGGCGGCCGGCGCUUCAAGCACACCCAGGAAAAGGCACCCAAGGAGGCCGACAAAUACCGCGACGACUACAAGGUGCGCAAGAAGCGCGUCGACGAGGCGCGCGAGAAGAGGGUCGGCAGGUUCAAGGAUGGCGAGGGCAGCAAGCGCGAGAUCAAGGGCCUCGAUGGCAUCAGGAAAGCAAGGAAGGAGAAGGAGAAGAAGCAGCAGAAGAAUGCCAGGCCUUCCAAGAGGAGAUAG